UCACGGCUCGUCGGGCCAGUUGGGCGGGCUCACGCUGAUGCCGGGGAACCCCUCCCACCUCAUGUGAUAGGCCUGCUCGCGCUGGCCGUCUUCAUCAAAAUGCUGCUCGAUGAUGUGCGAAGUGCCGCCUGUGGUCAGCACCCGGCCCCUCGUGCCGGUCUCGUAGAAGGCCACCAGCAGGUCCAACACGCGCUCGUACCACUGAGCAUCAGUCAUGUCGUCAGGAAUCUCACCUGGCGCGCACACACACAAACACAAACACAAAUGCAAGCACAUACAGAAACACACACACAGACACAUAAAGUCAAGCGCUACGAUCCUUUCUUCCUUUCCUCACCUGUUGCAAACACCGUCAGAUCAUUGGGGUGAUGGUCCGCAAACAACUGCGAGGCUUCACGCCACCUGGUGGCCACCUCAGCGUCGGCAAAGGCGGCAGGGUCGAGGGAAACGUCCAUGUUGAAGCCGAUGUCGCCGCCAACCUGGUGGAGUUUCGCCAGAAACCGCGCCGCCAUGUCGAGCGACCCAGUGUGAUCGGCGUCAUCACUACGUGGAUCGUUGUCCACCGUAUUCUCACCCGCCGCGGCCCCUGCUACCGUCACCUCCAGCCACUGCUCCUGCAUGCCGGCGACGAUCUUGGCCAUCUGCUCCAUGUCCUCCUCGGACACCUCCUCCGCCUGCAGCUUGAACACCACAGGGUCCUGCUGGGUCUCGGGGUCUCGCUCGCCGAACAUGUCGCUGCUGAUGCCCGCCAGAUGUGUCCCGCGGCCUCCUCGGUACACGAUGGUGUCGGCAGCCUUGGCAUGGGCCGCCACGAGCUUCUUGACACAGCUGGUCUCCGCCUGGGCCCAUGCAAUGAUGUCAGUGGCGACCGAGUCAUCUCUCUCCAUCUUGAAGGCUCGCGUCGUCGGGUCGGCGACCUCGGGCUCACACAACGGGUCCAUCACUGCACCACUGCAGAAAGACGGAAGGGACACAGACACGUCGCUGUUGACACGUUGUCUGUGCGUGCAUCGCGUCCUGGUGGCUUGCUGCUUACUGCAGGUAGGCGAGGCUGCACAGCCGUCGCUUGUCAGCAUCGGCCCCUCCCACGUAGCCGAGGAAGAUGGGCAUCUUGGUGAAUGUCUUGUUGCACCCACGCCGAACCAGCUCCUGCCGCAGGGCGCUGAUGUCCGCCGCAUCCGUCCCUCUCGGCACGUACAGACACCCGACCGUCCGCAGCUGCUCCAGUCGCUGGGGCAGCAACUAGAGCAGUCCAGUGGGGGUCAAGUGUCGCAGCUCCCCCGGCAGCCCACGCUGCUUGCGACUGAUGAAGUCCACCUCCUGAAGCGCAUUGCUUCCGCUCACCCAUGCAGGUGCGGCAUCCACGUCAGCCGCCCUCGCCUCUUCCUCUUCUCGAGUGAUGUAGAUGGGGUUGUGGUGGACCGUCCCGUCCAGAUCGAACGAGAUCGAGGCGAUGCCGGGAGUCCGCCACUCGCGGCCCACCCGCACUGGCGUGCACUGCGAUGGCAGGUUGUUGACGGCCGAGAGGGCCGGAAGGACCACCGGCCGCCCGGAGGGAGGGAGAGGGGUCGAUGAAGUGUGGCUGAAGCUGGCGCGGAGGGACGCAUUCGGCUGGGGGUACUCGAUCCGUGUGAAUGUCAGCUUGAGCAGGGUGCCCUCCACUCGCAGCUGGUCCUCUGACGAUGCCGCACCACUGCUGCCGCCUCCCUCCGGUCGUCUCGCCUCCUCCAUCUUCCGUGCGAUUCCCGCCCGGGCGGCACCGUGGCCUUCAAGCAAAGCCACCCAGGUUCCCAUGCACCAGGUCGGGUGGAAGCUGGGGUAGUGGACCUCCAACUCCCGCAGGUGGUUGGCUCGCUCGCCCCACUUGUGGGCGACACGGAGAGGCAUCCGCUGCCACAGUCGACGGGUCGCCCGGGUCGAGCAGGUGACGCUCAGAUGCGUGUACUGCGAUGCCGACUGCUGGAAGAGUGGGGUGCCGAUGGAGCGGCGCAGACGAGUGAGGCCCCGGGGAUGGAAGUGACCGUGGACGUUUGCCACCGCAUCACGCGAAAUACAAUGGCGAGCCUGACAAACCACAGACAACGCACACAGGUGUCAUGCUUGUCAUGCGUGGUAUCGUGCUUUCCUCUGCUUACUGGUAUGUGGUUUAUCGGUGGCGGCUGUCCUGAUCGAUGCACCAAGCGAAACGAAGGCACUCGAGUCCCGUCAGCCUCUCGGUCAGCCUGAGAGAUGCAGCAAACAAGCGUCACAUGACAAUGGCGGCGACGGCUUCCUUUCUCUGCCGUAUCCUCUCACCAU